AUGGGUAACAGGCCCAAGAGACUGGUCUACCAUGCGGGGUUUGUGCGCUCACCCCUGUCGGAGACCAAGUUGACGGGUGACACAUUUGAGCUGUACUGCGAGGUGAUAGGUAGCCCCACGCCCGAGAUCCAGUGGUGGUACUCCGAGGUGAACCGCGCCGACUCCUUUGGCCAGCUGUGGGAUGGCGCCCGCAAGCGGCGCGUGUCCAUCAACACGGCCUACGGCCUCAACGCCGUGAGUGUGCUCGCUGUCACGCACGUCACCCUCGACGACUCCGGAACGUACGAGUGCCGCGCCAGUAACGACCCCCGCCGCAAUGACCUGCGUCAGAGCCCCAGCACCACCUGGAUUCGCGCCCAGGCCACUGUCACUGUCCUGCAGAAGCCCACCAUUGACUCGUCGGAUCACGUGACCCUGAUAAAGGACGGGGUGCACAGCCACAGCCCCCCCAUCACCCUGCAGUGCAACCUGACGUCCCAACACAACGGCCUGCAGGGAGUCUUCUGGAUGAAGAAUGGAGAGGAGCUGGACGGCACGCGCCAGGAAACGAAGACCGCAGAGCUCAAAUUGCUCAAGCCCAAAUCAGAGGAUGCUGCCGAGUACAUGUGUGUGUUCACCUUUGCCACGGUGCCACCGGCUAACGCCACCAUAGAGAUCAAAGCUGCCCCAGAGAUCCAUGGGCACAAGCGCAGUGAUAACAAGAACGAGGGCGAGAAGGCGGUUCUCUACUGCAAGUCUGUAGGCUACCCCCACCCCAUAUGGACCUGGAGGAAACUGGACAACGACAUCCCUAUGGACAUCGACAACUCGUCUGGCCGCUUCUUCAUCAGCAACAAGGACAACUACACGGAGCUGAGCAUCGCCAACCUGGACAUCGCCAUGGACCCCGGCGAGUACCAGUGCAACGCCACCAACCCGCUGGGCACCACCACCAUGACCUCGGUGCUGCGUGUGCGCUCCACUCUCGCCCCCCUGUGGCCGCUGCUGGGAGUGCUGGCGGAGAUCAUUGUGCUGGUGCUCAUCAUCGUCAUCUACGAGAAGCGCAAGAAGCCCGAGGACAUGGGAGACGAUGAUGAACCAGUGGGCCCCAUGAAAACCAACUCGACCAAUAACCACAAGGACAAGAACCUGCGCCAGAGGAACACCAACUGAGGAGGCCACAGCGGCCACACCCAGAUUAAGACGUGAAUGCUGCGACC